UGGCGCUUUGAAAAUGAACGGAAAUAUAAAGAUUAGUAUUAUAACAAGGAAGAUAUUUUGACGCAUUAGCUCACUGGUAUUAUUAUAAUCAAUUCUUGGAGUAUGUUGUAAGAUAAUUUUUAUUAGGUCAAAUAAGUUAUCUUAUAAGCCGAAGUCAUUCUCGAUACUUCAGUCCACAGAAAAUAAUCAUAAGACGUGACACGAACAGAGACGUUUCGCAAAAUGAAAUUUACAAUCGCCAUUUUAUUUUGUGUUGUUUUAAGUUUGCAAUACAGUGCUAAUGGAAGCCCUCAAAAUUUCAUUGCAAACUAUCGUCAAAAAUUACAUGAAUCAAUUAACAACAUUAAUCAGGAUGUGAGGUCUCUAUUUCAUCCUAAUGAUAACAAGAAGGUGCAACAGAAUAACGAUGCGGCCUCAAGCAUUUUCUUUGUUGAGGAAGAAUCUGAGGAAGACUUUGCUGCAGCAGCAGCAGCCAGGAGGCCAGUGGAAGUGACUACACCAUCUACUACUACAUCUACAACAACAACUACUACGGUUAAGCCUGUAGAAACCACUACUAAGAAUGCAACAGAUGACAAAGGACGAGAAAAUUUCACGGCUGGAUGUACACCUGGCUACCAGCGCACAGCCGACGGAAGAUGCAAAGCCACCUUUGGAUAAAACUGUAUCUACAAUAAUUUGUUUUUCCUGUUAAUCUAUAUUUAUUUUAGUGCUACCAUUUUGCAGCAUUUAAUAUUUAACAGUGAUUUUAAAUGUAAAUAUGUAUCUAGAAGUGCAUAAUUUUCGAUAUUUUCUAGUAAAUUUGUUUAUAAUUAUGUGAUACGAAAAUGUGUUACGAUUUUGUCAUUUAUUAUUCAAAAGUGAAAUUAUGUAAAGAAUAACAUUAAAGUGUUUAGUAUACUUUUUAAGUUUGUCUAAA